CGCACAAGCAAGCAGCCAGAACAAGUCGUUUGAAGCAUCCUAUUCCCAGUGAUGAUACUCUUCAAUUAGACUACUCUGACGGAGUAAGACUUUGUGAUAUCAUAUCUCAAUGAGAAUAGAUAUGUAGACAUGAGGCACUCACUCAAUGAUCGUCCAAAGUCCUGGCGGUAUCUUACUCCUCACGAGACCCCUGUUGUACAGGAGGACUACUCCUACUGUUGACAGGUUCAGGGUUGCACUGCAGGCGGUGUUCGUGCCGGUGGAACAGCUUCAAAUAGCGUGCCAUGCCCGUUUGAUAUUUUCGAACCGACCUUUUUUUUGUGUUUGUGUUGACAACAGCCCACCCGGCCGCCCGCACACAUCAAAAUUGAGACCGUACCCAAAAAACCGUCCUGAUUGUUGCAAAACAUGGGCUUCAAGACGACGCUAUUCUUGUUCUCUGCGUGCCUGGCGCUCUUCAUGCAGCACAGUGCUGCGUAUCUUGAUCAGAAUGGCAAAGUCGUGGUUCCUGCUGCGUCGUCGUAUAAUGGCCUCAGUUUGACGCCGCGUAUGGGGUUUAAUAAUUGGAACGCUUUUCACUGCGAUGUCAACGAAACACUGCUCUUGAGCACGGCGAAAGCGAUGGUCGACUAUGGCCUGCGAGAUCUUGGCUAUGAUCAUAUUAUUCUUGAUGAUUGCUGGUCUGUUGGUCGUAAUGAGACUGGAUACCUUGUGUCCAACGACAAGAAGUUCCCUAAUGGCAUGAAGUACGUCGUGGACACGAUCCACAGCAUGGGUAUGAAAUUCGGCAUCUAUUCCUCUGCAGGAACAUUCACCUGCGGCAAAUACCCCGGCUCUCUGGGCUACGAGCAGAAGGACGCAGACUACUGGGCCGAGAUAGGCGUCGAUUACCUCAAGUACGACAACUGCUUCAACCAAGGCCAGUCCGGCACGCCCAAACUAUCAUUCGACCGGUACAAAGUCAUGUCCGACGCCCUGAACAAGACCGGCCGCCCGAUCGUAUACGCAAUGUGCAACUGGGGCAACGACGACCCCUACGACUGGGCCUACGACAUCGCAAACAGCGGCCGCAUGUCCGGCGACAUCUACGACUCCUUCAACCGCCCGGACGAGCGCUGCCCCUGCACCUCCGCCAUCGGCUGCCGCUGGCCAGGCUUCCACUGCUCCGUCAUGAACAUCCUCAACAAAAUGGCCGCCAUCACCUCGCGCACCAUGUCCGGCUACUUCAACGACAUGGACAUGCUCGAGGUCGGCAACGGCGGCCAGUCCGACGGCGAAUACGUCAUCCACUUCUCCAUGUGGGCGCUACACUCCUCGCCCCUGCUCAUCGGCACAAACGUCCUCACCCUCUCGCCCGCCAACCUUGCCAUCUACGCCAACCCGGCCGUCAUCGCGCUGAACCAGGACCCGUCCGCCGGCGCGGCCGUGCUGAAGUGGCGCUACGAGCUGCAUCCGGACGCGUUCGGACAGGGCGAAAUCGCCCUCUGGACCCGCGGCCUCAAUAACUCCGACCAGGCCGUCGCGCUCAUCAAUGCCUCGGACGAGGAUAUGACGCUGAACAUGACGCUGAGCGAUAUCCUGCUCGACUCGUGGACGGCGGGCGCGUAUAAGCGGCCGGCGGAGCUCGAUAUGGUGUGGGAUGUGUAUGAUCUCUGGGGGAAUCGGAUGAGCGAGAGUCAAGCUGGGAGUAUCAUCAAUAGUACUGCGCUGAGCAUGCCGGUUGGGGUGAAUGGAACGUUGACGCGGUACAAUGCGACGGCGACGAGUUAUGCGGCCGGGAUUAUGAACCGUGAUGUGGCGCUCAUGGGGAAGCAUGUUGGGACCAUUGGACCGGAUAGGACGCCCAAGGGCACGUUCACGGCUGAUAUACCGCGGCACUCGUUGGGGUUAUAUCGUUUGGUAUUGAGGGAGGAUGAGAGCUUGAGGAACACAGAUGAGCUAUGA